AUGUCACGACUUGAGAAACAGCUUGUCCGUAAGCUGGAUUGCUUUGUGCUGGUCUAUUGUUGUGCAGCGUAUUUCUUCAAUUAUCUUGAUCGGUCGGCGUUCGCCAAUGCAUAUGUUUCUGGUCUCAAAGAAUCCCUGGGGUUACAUGGUAAUCAAUACAGCAUCCUAUUGUCCAUGUUUACUGCCGGCAACGUAGUCGGCCAAAUACCGCAUGCUUUAAUCAUUCAAAAGAUCUCUCCGCGAAUAUGGCUUCCGACCACAUUGAUAACAUGGUCCAUUUUGACUAUGUGCUCUGCAGCCUGUAAAACCUACGCUCAACUAUGCGCAGUAAGAUUCUUACAAGGAUUGAUGGAGUCAAGUUUGUACAGUGGCACGAUAUAUGUGCUCGGAUCGUGGUAUAAGCCUAGUGAGAUCGCAAAACGGACGGCGAUUUUCACUGCCGUUGGCCAGGUUGGCAGCAUGUUCGCAGGUAUCAUGAUGACUGCGAUGAAUGAGAGCCUUCAUGAGCGGAAAUCCCUAGAAGGAUGGCAGUGGGUAUUCAUAAUUGAUGGAGCUAUGGGAAUACCAUUUGGAAUAUUCGGUUUGCUCUUCUUCCCGAGCCUACCAGAGUCGGGCAAAGUUGCACCAUACCUGAGUAAAGAGGAAAUCCAACUAGCUCUUGAUCGUCUACCACCCCGCCGCGAAGACGGACAUAGCAUCAACCUGCGAGCUCUUUCUCGCCGGCUGUUCUGUUCACCAAACAUUUACAUCUUAACUCUUUACUCAAUGAUAGGGUGCGCCCUUGAAGCAUACGUCGUACAAUCCCUUUUCAUUCUCUACCUCAAAUUUAACGCCUCAUCCUUUCCCUCCCACGCCACCACAACCUACCCCUUAGGCAUCCAAGCCGUAGCAAUCGUGUCCAACAUCGGCGCCGGAUACGUAAUCGACAUGACGAACCGACGAAUCCCCAUGGCAAUUCUCGCCUCAAUUCUGCAGCUCACAGUCGCACUUAUGCUUCUCAUCCCUACGCUCCCCACCACCGCCACAUUCGUCGCGUUUUACCUUAGCGGGACUUCGUACAUUGUGAAUCCCAUUCUGUACGGCUGGGCAAGUAUCAUAUGCCAGCGGACAGGCGACGACGCGACAAGGAGUGUCAUAUUGUACGUUAUGAGCAUGAGCCAGGCCAUCUUGUAUACGUUCUGGGGUAUCGCUUUAUAUCCUGCCGACGACGCGCCCUAUUGGAAGAAAGGCGGUAUCGCUAUGGUUGUGGUCGUUUUUGCGUUUUUGGGGGCCACUUGGGCGAUGGAGUGGCUUGAUAGGAGGUCUUUGAGCGAGGAGAGGGAACGGGGAGCUGAGGCGAGAGGUUUGGAUGUGGUUGAGAAGAUGGAUUAACGAUUGUAUGUUGGGAUUUUUGUGGUUG